AUGCAAUACACACUGCUCCUCAUAGCCGCCCUGCUGCUCAGCUUGGCCCAGGCCAGGCCCCAAGUGAGAGGUCAGCCCCUGGGAGAGCCCAUUCCCAUCAUCAGACAGGAGCAGGAGGUCAACUUCGACGGCUCCUACAAGUAUCUGUAUGAGACGGGCAAUGGAAUCAACGCCGAGGAGGAGGGCUACCUCAAGAACCCAGGCACCGACAAUGCCGGCCAGGUCGCGCAGGGCUCCUUCUCGUACACCUCACCCGAGGGCAUUCCGAUUCGGAUAACCUAUCUGGCGGACGAGAAUGGCUUCCAGCCGCAGGGCGACCACCUGCCCACGCCACCACCCAUCCCGCCGGCGAUCCAGAAGGCAUUGGCCUACUUGGCCACCGCUCCUCCGCCCCCGGAAGAGCAGCCCAGCGGGUUCAACAACCGACGCGGUUAG